AACGGAGCCAAUGAAAAAGGGAAGGGGACCUGGAAAAGUGCGAGGGUUUCGUUGCGCAUAUUUCCGUUCCAUUCACGCACCACACGGCUGUGCUUUUCGACCUCCCCAUGCAAUUUUAGCGAUCGAUUGAUGUGUCUUGUACUUUGUGCAUUGUGCCUGAUAGUAGUUGUUUUCAAAUACGAUAACGCGAGGGAAGACGGCAGCCGAUAUCAUCUGAAUAGAGGAACAUGGAUACCGACGUCGAGUCUUGCAUCAAGGAUUGGACCGACCUGCAGAACGAUUACAAGGAGUUGGAGUUAUUGAAUAGAUCAUAUUUGGCAAAAUUGGAAGAAAUAGGAGAAUUACAAAAAAAAUGUAUGACUGGUAUAUCCCAUCAGAAGUAUCGCAUGGGUAUCAUAAGAAAAUCUUUAAAACAAUUGCAUGCAAGCAACACACGACAAACUUUAGAUAAAGAUAUGAUAAGAAGAGAACAGCAGAUACAUGAAAUUGAGCAAACUUUGCCAAAACCUAAUGGCACUUAUCUUUCUAUUAUAUUAGGUAGUGUUAAUGUCUCGAUAUUAAAUAAAAAUGAUAAAUUUAAGUACAAAGAUGAAUAUGAAAAAUUUAAACUUGUUUUAUCUGUGAUUGGAUUUUUCCUCUCUGUAAUUAAUUUAUUUACAAAUAUUAGAACAUUGGAGUUAAGCUUCAUGUUUUUACUAGUCUGGUAUUAUUGUACUUUAACGAUACGAGAAAGCAUAUUAAAAGUUAAUGGGUCAAGAAUUAAAGGAUGGUGGCGUUUUCAUCAUUUUCAAUCUACUGUUGUUGCUGGUGUACUCUUAGUAUGGCCAAACACUGGACCUUGGUAUGCAUUCCGUGGACAAUUUAUGUGGUUCAAUGUCUAUAUAAGUUUUGUACAAUAUUUACAAUUCCGCUAUCAACGAGGUGUAUUAUAUCGUCUUAAAGCGCUUGGGGAGAGACACAACAUGGAUAUAACAAUUGAGGGUUUCCACUCGUGGAUGUGGCGGGGACUAUCGUUUCUCUUACCUUUUCUCUUUAUUGGAUAUUUCUUUCAACUGUAUAACGCUUACGUACUUCUUAAACUUACCUGGCAUUCAGAAGCUACUUGGCAUGUACCAGUCUUGAGCGCUAUGUUCUUAGUAUUGUUCUUAGGCAAUAUGACAACGACGAUAAUGGUAAUCCCACAGAAACUUCGGUCUAGAGUUAUGGAUCAUUUCAGUUCUGGAUUUAGUUCAAAAAGUGCAGCUAAGAAGGAAGAAAAGGCUGACGAGAAGCUUAAAGAAAACAAUAUAAAUACAAAAAAAUGUGAUUAAAAUCUUAAUUUAACAUAAAGGACAGAAUUAACUUUUAGUGACAUUUCUACUUUUUGCAAAUUACUUAAUAAAAAGAUAUUGUUUCAAAAUAUUUUUCGAAUUCUGUGA